UAACAUUACGUGUUUAAUAUUCAUAAGCCAGUCAUUGGUGCUGCUCAUGCGCACUGCGAGUUAAAGCUUCAAAACAAUGGCGGUAGACGGUUUGACCAUAACAGAGCAAUGGAUCAGAGAGAAACUGAACCUUCAACACAGUUGCUUAGCGGACGUCCGAUCAUUGACUCUUCCAGGAACAUAUGAAGGGAAAAUCUGUCACUUAGGAACAUCCCUAAAAAACUUUGUGCGUCUGAAAACACUGGAUCUUUCACAUAAUGCACUGGUUACAGUUCAGGGGAUUGAGCAUUUGGAAAUGCUGGAGAGACUGAAUCUGUACUACAACAGACUGGCGUCUCUACAGGACGUCUUUUCCCUGCACAAGCUGCAGAAUUUAAAGGAACUGGACUUACGGCUGAAUCCUGUGGUCAAGAGACACCCGCACUACCGUUUGUACUUGGUCCAUGCAAUGACCAAACUCCGCAAGCUUGAUGACCGUCCAGUGCGAGACAGAGAAAGAAAGGCUGCUCUCAUGCAUUUCUCAUCAGAGUCAAAUCUAGACACUAAUCAUAAGAAACAUGUCUUAAUACAAGACACAACUUGCAGAAGUAGUGAGCUCAGAUUAAAAGCAAUGCAGAAGAUGAUGAAGACGCUCUCGCUUCUAGAGGGGAAUGAGGAAGUUGCACUCAAUGACGUUUCUAGCAAGAGACCUCAAACUGUCUCUGUCCGGUCUGAGAACAAAUGCAGCCCUCAUCUGUUACAGGAAAAUCCAUCUGAAUCCGAAAUCAUACAUUUAAUCAAUGAUUCUGACUGUGAAAGGUUGCCAAAACAAAAUCAGGAAUCUGUUCCCAAGAGCUCAGAUUAUAAGAAUGAGGCUUCCGUUCGUUCUCAUAGAGUCACGUUUGUGAGCCCCAUCAUGGAGAGCCGUCAUUCGGUCAGGAGUGUGACUCACGGUACAGUUCGAGGAGAACACGUCUUUACACCACAUCCUACAGACACACGGUCCGCUUCACAGGGACAUGAUUGCACAGCCAUUAAAUGGCGAAACCAACAUCAAGACAGAGCAAAUCCAGUCUUGCAUCCUCCCAGAUUAACUUACCAGAACACAGGUAGAAGCCCAUCGGUAUCAGAGAGAAGACGCAAACCACAGAAGGGCGCCUACAGGAAGCCCAUGGAGUUGCUCCUCAGCAUGAUGGAGGAGCUCUGGUCUGGGAAGGAGGAGAAUCAACAAAAUAGGACGUUCCUCAUGAAGAUGGUUCAGAUCCUCAGCAUGAUGGAGCAGGAUGUUGUGGGAGGAGAACAGGAGAUCCAAACUCUUAAAGAGACUCUCAAAGCCUUGAACGCUCGGAAUGAACUACAGGAAAAACAACAUCAGUCUGAGAUUGAAGAUCUCACACUUCAGCUUCAGCAGACGCAGGAGUCUAUCACAGCCCUUAAUGAGCAGCUGAAGAAUGUGUUGGAAGAAAAUGUGUCUUUACAGAAACAGCUUAUCAGAGCAGAAAAGAAGCUGCUGUCCUCUCAUCUGAAGAAAACCCCAAACAUGGAGAGCAGAAGAGAACAGUCAGUCCCUGAGGAUUUGAACGUGAAAAGACACACGAUUCAAGAGGGAAACGGAGCGAAUGAGCAGCAAGAGAGCUACAGGACUUUGAUAGCCAGAAAUGAGCGUUUGCUGCAGCAGUUGGAAGAGGCUCUAAUGAGCUGAUUGGUGCGAAUGCUUCCAGUAGACAGUGUGACAUCUGCAUUUAAAGAGAAAGUUUUAAUUUAUUAUAAAUCUGGCCUUUAAAAGAUGUAAAAGCCUUUUGUUUUAUAGACAGUCUCAACAUGUUCACAUGUUCUCUGUUUAUUCCUACAUCCGAGAAUCAAUCACAUAUUCACAUCUUGAUCUUAUGCAAAUGUGUUUGUUCGACCAGAGAUAGUAUUCAAGGCAAGUUUUCUGUACAGACAGAGCUUUCAUGUGGAUAAAUGAAAUAAACAAGAACCAGGCAGUUUGUUUUUUUAUUCAAUACGAUGCUACAAAACACUAACACGUUAAAAUCAUUUUACCAUCACCAUAUGACAUGCAUAUCAGGAUACUGUAGAACAUUAAAAAACAUUAUUUAAAAAAUAAGACAGUAUUGUUCCUCAAAAUGGAUGGUUAACAGUAUUUGGCAUUAAGCACACGAAACAUUAAAAUCAUAAUCAUAAAAUACGACAACAUGUAUACUUAUUUGUGGUUUAUUAUCAUAAAUAUGAGUCACUUUCUGAGCAGAAUCCGCAGGAGAGCUUGACAUUUAUGAUCCGUUGCCACUUCUCUUAUCUGAAAAUAGAUGUUCUGUAGAAGAAUAUGUCUGUACACUCUUACUCAUCCCUUCUCUCUGUAAAUAUGGACAAUUUCAUCUAUUUCAAAGGGUUCCCACGAUCAUGUAAAAAUAUCUGGGGAUUUCAAAUCUGUUUUCCAGGUCUGGAAAAGUCGUCAUAAAAGGUCUUAAAGCCUGUUCACACCAAGAAUUGGCUGUCAGUGUUUUAUCGUUCAACAGCUGGGAAGAAAAAAAAAAAAGUUCUGAAAGUGAUCCCAACGAUAUUGUUUCUCUAUAUCGUUAUCAUUAUAGCUGUGGUGUGGACAGUGCUAUUCUUUUAUAUUUAGAGCGAUUUUUAGAACUAUAUCUUUAUCGUUAUAUUUAUAGUUAUCGUUCUUGGUGUGAAUGGGUCUUGAAAAUAUAAUGAAUAUAGAUUUUACUAGUGAUGCUCUGUUUUAAAAUAUUAAAUUAGCUAAUAAAUAUUGAUUUUGCAUUGAGUUAAACUUGUUCGCAAGCCAUGAGGUCCGAUUUGUGAGCGAAUCAUUCUUUUGAGUCGGUUGUCUUUAGUGAAUCAGUUAGAAUGAUUCAAUAGUGAAUCGGAAUGAUUUUUUUUUUUUUUUUUUUUUUUUAAA